AUGUCGCUCAUCCGGUCGCUGAUGCCGACCUUCCCCUUCGUCGCCGUCGACACCCAGUUCCCCGGCGUCGUCCACCCCCACCCGAGAGGGGCGGGGGUCACCGCCGACGAUCGGUACGCGGCGGUGAGGGCGAACGCCGACGAGCUCUGCCUGCUACAGCUCGGGAUCACCCUCUCCGCCGCCGACGGCCGUCUCCCCGUCGACGGCGCCCUCGUCGAGUUCAUGUGGGAUUUCGACUUUGCCGGUUUCGACGCCCGCUACCACCGCCACGCGCCGGAGUCCGUACAGUUCUUGAGGGCCCAGGGGUUCGACUUCGAGGCCGCGCGGCUCGCCGGCGUGCCCGCCCUCGCGUUCGCUGCGGAGCUCGCCGCCUCCGGCAUCCUCGGCCUCCGUGGCGUGACGUGGGUCGCCUUCGGCGGCAUGUACGACGUCGCGUUCCUCCUCAGGCUGGCCACCGGCGGCGCGCCGCUGCCGGCGACGAGGCUGGGCUUCCUGGCGCAGGUCGGCGCCGUCUUCGGCACCCAGGUGUUCGACGCCAAGCACAUGGCGUCGCUGCUCCACAUGCACGGCGGCCUCGCCGCCGUCGGAGGGAUGCUCCGGCUGCCGCCGCAGCUGCCUCGCCGCCACAUGGCCGGGCAGAACAGCGUCAUGGCGAUCCAGCUCUUCAUGGAGCUGAGGAGAAGGUUCAAUGACCUGGGAGGCAGCCUUCACAGCUGCUCGCUCAAGAUCGAAGGCCUGACUUGA